UACUUUACUAAUCUUUCUGUCACUAGCCAAGAAGGAUCAGGAAGGUGGAGAAGAAAAGAAAUCUCUGCAAAAGAAAAAAGUGAAAGAAUUAAAGGUGUUGGAUUCCAAGACAGCCCAGAAUCUCUCAAUCUUUUUGGGUUCCUUCCGCAUGCCCUAUCACGAGAUUAAGAAUGUCAUCCUGGAGGUGAAUGAGGCUGUUCUCACUGAGUCCAUGAUCCAGAACCUCAUUAAGCAGAUGCCAGAGCCAGAGCAGUUAAAAAUGCUUUCUGAACUGAAGGACGAAUAUGAUGAUUUGGCUGAGUCAGAGCAGUUUGGUGUGGUGAUGGGUGCAGUACCCCGCCUGCGGCCUCGCCUCAACGCCAUCCUCUUCAAGCUGCAGUUCGGGGAGCAGGUAGAGAACAUCAAGCCCGAGAUCGUCUCGGUGACUGCCGCGUGUGAGGAACUGCGAAAGAGCGAGAACUUCUCUAGCCUCCUGGAGUUAACCUUGCUUGUCGGAAACUUUAUGAACGCUGGCUCCAGGAAUGCUGGUGCUUUUGGCUUCAACAUCAGCUUCCUUUGUAAGCUUCGAGACACCAAGUCCACAGAUCAGAAGAUGACGUUGUUGCACUUCUUGGCUGAGUUGUGUGAGAAUGACCAUCCCGAGGUCCUGAAGUUCCCAGACGAGCUUGCCCACGUGGAGAAAGCCAGCCGAGUUUCUGCUGAAAACUUGCAAAAGAACCUAGAUCAGAUGAAGAAACAGAUUUCCGACGUGGAACGUGAUAUUCAGAAUUUCCCAGCUGCCACAGAUGAGAAAGACAAGUUUGUUGAAAAAAUGACCAGCUUUGUGAAGGAUGCACAGGAACAGUACAACAAGCUGCGGCUGAUGCACUCCAACAUGGAGACGCUCUACAAGGAGCUGGGCGAGUACUUCCUCUUUGACCCCAAGAAGGUGUCUGUGGAAGAAUUCUUCAUGGAUUUGCACAACUUUAAGAAUAUGUUUGUGCAAGCUGUCAAGGAGAACCAGAAGCGGCGGGAGACAGAGGAGAAGAUGCGGCGAGCAAAACUGGCCAAGGAGAAAGCAGAGAAGGAGCGGUUGGAGAAGCAGCAGAAGAGAGAGCAACUCAUAGACAUGAAUGCUGAGGGUGAUGAGACGGGUGUGAUGGACAGUCUUCUGGAAGCCCUGCAGUCAGGCGCAGCAUUCCGACGGAAGAGAGGACCCCGUCAGGGCGUCAGGAAGGCAGCGUGUGCAGCCACAUCCCAGCUAGUCUCAGAGCUGACCAAGGAGGAUGCCAUGACCUGUGUUCCCACCAAGAUGCCUAAGAAGAGCGAGGAAGUCCCCACCAUCCUUGAGGAGACCGUAGAGUUGCUUGGCCGUGCAAGCUAAGCCAGGUCCUGGCGCCAUGGCAGCUCCUCGGUGGAGCCCCAGACUGUCCCGCCUGCAGCAUGUGCCUGAAGGGUUGCAGAGGUGUCCUCUGCGGUGGCUGCUCCCAUCACCCUGAACCCACCUUACUCUCCGGCAUGCUGCUCUCUGCCCAUCGCACACAGCUUCAGCUGCCUGGAGGCCAGAAGGAAAGGGCAGUGUGGGACCUGAGCCCAACCGGGGCGGUCCUGGCUCUUGUUACCAAAGCAGGCUCUGUGUUUGCUGCCUUAACCCCAAGUGUCUCCACUGUUCUCCAGGGCCUCAUCUCAGUUAAGGCCCACCUGCUUUCUCAGCCCCUGCCUCUCCAGUGGGCUUUGCCUAGGUCAAUCAUGCUGGGUUUGUGCUUUUUCUCUUGUGUUUUCUCUGGUCCUGAGAGCAGCAUGGGCUUAGGAACCUCUGGGCUCCAUCCCCCCAGCUCUGCUCUGCCGGCCCCGGCUCCUGUUGUCUAUUACUGGUGGGGAGGCACCGGGAGGUGCUUCCAAGGAAGUGGGAGCAGAUCCCCCUCCUACCCCACCGUUUGAGAAAGACCUCCCCAAACAAGGAGGACCUAGACCAUGUUUACCUGUCCUGCUGUGGCCUAGGCCAGGGCCUGGGGGUGGGCGGGCUGGGUGGGGUGGAGCCGCCCCCAGCCUGCUGCCAUAGCUGUGCGCCCUGGCCUCUCUCGACCCUCCCUCUAUACCAGCCCCUGGCGGCUGAGCCACGGGCCCUCCUCACGCCCUCCCCAGAGCUUUGGUCUCAUCUGAAAGUGUGGGCUGUACUGUGACCAUCCCCACACCUUACCCUCUGUCUCCAAGGAAAGGGGAGGUAGAGCCUCCUGGUUGAGAAAUUGUUUUGCAAAUGGAUCUAUUUUUAUAUGAUUUUUUUUUUUUUUAAAGAAAAAUAACCCUUUCCCCUUUCCCCUCCAUAAUGUAAGAGGCUUUGAUGGCAGGUUCCAGAGUCUCUGGGAUUUCUCACCACAAGCCUCAGUUCUGAGCAAGCCCCCUGGACCUCCACUCAGCCCUCAAGCCUCUGGGCCCUCGAUGCCAGUGCAGACUCUCACCCCCAGCAUCUGACUCGGGGGCCAGAGGCGGCUCUUCUCUGGUUGAGCUGGACCAGGCCUAAGAGUAAUAGGAGCUCUCAAACGACAAAGAGUUUUUAUAAAUUUAAUAUAUUUAUCAAGCCAAAUGUGCAGAUGCUAACUGGACGCUCUGGAGAAGUGGGCCCAGGGACGCCCCACGCCUGUUCUCUCUUCAGCAGUGGGAAGGCCACAUGCUUCGGUGGCCACAGCCACAGGAAGCUCAGCUUCUCUGGCUAAAGGUAACACUUUGCCCUCCUGUGCUCCUCUCAGCUUCCCACCCCAGGUAGGGGGCGAGAAUGGCACUGGCAAGGCCUGGCCCCAAAGUAUAGUUCUUAGAGCAAGGGGAGCUUAGGAGACCUCAGGCGCCUCCAGGGAGGCCUUGAGGUUGGGCAGAAGGGUUCUGGUUGCUAGAGCCUGUGUGCAAAGGGGCACCGGCAGCCCACCUGAGCUAGUGCUGGGAAGACUAUGGUGGGGGGGACCUGCUACUCCCCUCAGUCCCCUCCUCCCUGCUGACAUCUGGGGCUUUGACCCUUUCUUUUUUAAUCUACUUUUGCUAAGAUGCAUUUAAUAAUAAUAAUUAAAAAAAAAAAAAAGGACAAAAUGCAAACCUGUUUCCCUCGCCUCUUGGGCUUCUGGGAUGUCAUCACCUCCAGUUUGUUGGGUUUGUUUCCAACUGUUAAUAAAGCAUUGAAACAGCC